AUGAUAUCCUUUCCCACAUUGCUCAUCCUUAUUCUUCUCCUGCUUCCCCUGAUUUUUGGAGCUCCUGCAGAAAAUCCAAAAGCUCUUGAGAAGAUUCUGGUGGAAGAGAAUCCGGACACAACUGAAAAUCGAGAGAAGAUUCGUGGAAUUAUCAGUGAAGCGUUUGAGAAUCGAAUCCCGAGAGUUCAAGGAAGACAAGGAGUGGCACCGCCUGUGAAAUUGAUGGCAUUGAACUAUGGACCUAAAAACAACCAAACCAAGCGAUUUGAAGAGCUCAACUCGGAAAUUAAUGAGUACACAUUCGAAUCUGACAUCAUGCUCAACGAAAAUCAAGCCAAAAAUUUGGCAAAUUCGAUAAUUAACGGUAAUUAUCGCUCGAAAAGACAAGCAAUCGUGGAUACUACGCUUUUUUGGAGUCCCUCAACUCCAAUUUAUUAUCAAUUUGACUCAAAACUUUCCGCCACAAACAUUGCCAACGUCCGUAAAGCCAUCAAGUUCUGGAAUGACAACACUUGUUUGAGUUUCCAGGAAAACAAUUCUGGAAAGAAUCGUCUGUUUUUGUCAUCUGCUGGUGGAUGUUGGUCGUAUGUUGGAAAACAGGAUAAUAUGCCAUAUCAAGUGGUCUCCGUUGGACCAAAUUGUGACUCGCUCGGAACCGCCACCCACGAACUAAUGCACGCAAUCGGCUUCUGGCACCAACAAUCUCGUUCGGAUCGUGAUGAUUAUGUCUACGUGGAUUUCAGUAACAUCAUCCCAAGUCAAGCCUAUAACUUCCAGAAGAUGCCAUUGGACCAGGCACAACUUUUGGCGCUAAAAUAUGAUUACGGAAGUGUUAUGCAGUAUUAUCCAUAUGCUUUUGCUCUUGACUCCUCCAAGUACACGAUUCUAGCCAAAGAAAAUGGCAUGCAAAAUAGUAUGGGACAACGAGAGGCACCAGCGUUUUCCGAUCUGAUUGCAGUUAACAAGCUUUAUAACUGUACAAGUCAAUGCAAAACCAAAAUGACCUGCUCAAACUGUGGAUUCACCGACCCCAAAAACUGCAAUCAAUGCAAAUGCCCCAACUAUUUCACUGGCCCAACUUGUGAUGCACUUCCAACUGGAACCGCUGUCAAUUGUAAUGGAGCCAUUAUUCAGGCCAUAUCCUCCUGGCAAACAUUCAACGCCACCGCUGGCGAUCCAAACAGCUACACAUCGUCCCAAGGAAACUCAUCCAGCUGUUUCUGGCACAUCAAAGCCCCUGCCGGACAAAAAAUCGAAUUCAAAAUGACGACGGCUCCAAUGGCCGCGAUUUGCAUGCAAGAGUGUCCAUGGCAAGCAGUGGAGAUCAAUUUGGGACAGUUUGAUCUGUAUGGAAUGAUAACCUGUUGUGACACGAUGCUCAAUCAAGUGCUCACAUCUGUCCAAAAUGUAAUUGCCCUUCGCGGUCGUGUCAGUUACAACCAGCUGAAAUUCAGUGUCCAGUAUCGUGCGGUACCAAAUCAAGGCACAGCAACCACUCAGACUUGUGUCACUAUUUGA